GUGAACCUCAGAUUGUGGACGCCAUGAGUGGUGGAAAGUUAAGUUGUGGUGUUGGUGGUGGUGGUGAAAAAUUGGAUAUUCGUUAGGUUUUUUUUUAGUGUUUUGUUUUAAUCACUUGUACAAGGUAGACAGUGGAACUGUGUUGAUUUUCAACAUAUGUUGAUUAUGCCGAAACGGAGAACCUGUUCCAUUCAAAGUAUGUACUAGAAAAAUAUUUUGUGCUUUGUUGAUCCCAGUGACACAAAAGGCAAAAGGAAUUUCACGCAAAGUCUCCGAUAUUAGACGCCCAAGAGAGAGUGUCCUGUUUGAGACGACUGAAAAAAAAAAAUGAUGAAAACAAUGAAUUGAAUGUACUGAGACUUUCACGAAAAAUGGGCUGAUAGUAAAAAAAUGAAACUUAGACAUAUACUUUACAACCAAAUAUGCGUCAUUUUGUUCUGAAUAUCCUGUUGGUGAUGGAAGGAAGAAAAAUCAUUAGAUGAACGUCGGCCGAAGAACCCGAGACAGAAGCCAAUAGGCAGUUUGUCGAAGAAAGCAGUCUUCAGAAGAGAGAAAAAAGUUAUAGGUUUAAUUACAGGAUACAAUAUUCCUGAAAUGUUAAUACUGCAAGUGUUGUGGUUCUUAGAGAGAGUGCUAAGAGAGUAAUAAUAUAUAAGCAACAAAUGCGUGAAUAGUUGUUGUUAUAAAUGCAGCCAAGUAUUAUUUUGGGAUUUUAAAAAGGAAGCAGAUACUCUAAAAAGAAAUAGUUAUCAUUUCUGCUAAAACAGUGAAAGAUAGAACAGUCAAAAGUCUUCAAAUGUCACAGUCAAACGUCAAACAUCUGAAAGAUGUUUCAUCUUUAUCAGUAGCAAUUGAUGAGUCUUCCCAUGUAAAGGGACACCAAAAGUUCCACUUUUGUACAAAAAUUUAUUUCAUCUACAGGUCCUAAAGAACAGCUUUUAGGAUUAUUGGCACUUAAAGGACAAACACAGGGAGAGGAUAUAGCAAGUGCUGUAGUUGGAUGUAUUGAAAAACCUUAUUUUCACUCAGUAAAAUUCUCAAUUUCAGCAGAUGGAGUGAAAAGUAUGACAGGCUUAAAAAAGGGGUUUCUUGCUGUUUUGAAAGAAAACAUUAAUCUCUAGGCUCUAUAUAAAUAAUAUGGAGGGCAUUGGGAGAGGCGGUCGUGGGGCCAAGCUGCUGGAGGCUCUAAGGGCACAGCAGCGCAGACCUGGCAGUGAGGAACCCGAGGGUUCCCAACCAGCUCCAGAUGUUAAGUCUGGAUUUUCCCGCGGACGUGGAGUGUUGCUUCCUGAACAGCAUGUUGCAUCUCCACAAGAAACUGCUGAAGCCUCAUCCCGUGAAGCACCAUUGGUUGGAGGUGGUCGUGGACAAAAACUAAUGGCACUUAUAAAAACAUCACAGCACAGAGUACAAAGUACAACACCAGGGCUAGUGUCAACAUCUGUUGUUUCUACUACUACUGCUAUACCAGCAGCAGCAUCAACAUCAUCAUCAUCAUCAUCAUCAGCAGCAGCAGCAGCAGCAGCAGCUCCCACUCCUGCAGUAAGACCAGUGGGCAGGGGUCGUGCGGCACUGUAUGAAGCACUUCGUAGUAUGCCUGGAACCUCAAGAGGUAUACCUGCUCCUGUACCUACACAGAAGCCUCCAGAGACAGCCAUACCAGUGGAAUCUCUGGCCCAAAAGAUGGAGCAGGUGGAAAUAGAGCGAAAACCCCCAGUAGUGUGUAUGGGACAACAGGGAGAACGUAUACCAGCAACAGCCAAUUACAUAAGGUUAGCAGUGCAACCAGACAAAGGAGUAUUUGAAUAUGAAGUACGUUUCUCUCCUACUGUUGAUUCCAAAAGUAUAAGAAGCAAGAUACUGAACAGUCAUGCAGAUAGCAUUGGGCGCUGCAAGACCUUCGAUGGUGUAACACUUUAUUUACCCAUAAAAUUGACAGAAGAGGUCACAACAUUGACAUCUAAUCAUCCAGUUGACAACUCGCCAGUAACAGUCAGAAUAAUAUUUAAGAGGAAAAAAAAGAUUCAUGAAUGUAUCCAUUUAUACAAUGUCCUCUUCAAGAGGAUUAUGGGUAUAUUGGAAUUAGCAAGGGUCGGAAGAGAUACAUAUGACCCACAUGCUGCCCGUGUAAUACCUCAGCACAAACUGGAGGUUUGGCCAGGCUACGUGACGGCCAUAGAUGAAUACGAGGGAGGUAUACAGUUGUGCUGCGAUACAUCGCAUCGAGUACUGAGAACACAGACUGUUUUGGAUGUAAUUGCAGAUAUAUCCGCUCGGAAUCCAACUGCUUUUAAGGAGCAUAUUAUGAAAACAGUAAUAGGUGCUUCAGUCCUGACUCGAUACAACAACAAAAUUUAUCGAGUUGAUGACAUAGCAUGGAACAGAACUCCACGUGACACAUUUGACACAACCAGUGGUGAUACGAUUACUUAUUGUUAUUACUACAAGAAGCAGUAUGGCCUUGAUAUCAAUGACUUGCAGCAGCCAUUGCUUGUCAGCAAAGUAAAGAAAAGGUUGCAGAACCAAGAGAAAACUGAACAGCUUAUAUGUCUCAUACCCGAGUUGUGCUUCAUGACUGGACUUACUGACGAAAUGAGAAAUGAUUUUAAAGUGAUGAAAGAUAUUGCAACAUACACACGUGUAACCCCAAAUCAAAGGCAGGCGUCGCUGAAACUUUUCAUCGACAGAGUUAUGUCAAAUGAUCGAGCAAAGUCUUUGUUGGAAGACUGGGGUCUUAAUUUGGAGCCAUCAACAGUAGAACUCACAGCAAGAGUCGUCAAGAAUGAAGAAAUAAUUUUUGGUGGCAACAGGACGGUUCCUGGCACCCAACAGGCUGAAUGGAGCGGUGCAUUGUCUCGAAAUAUGGUCAUAUCAGCAAUUGACUUGAUGAGUUGGGUUCUUUUGAGGACAACUCGAGAUUCUCGAUUUGGAAAUGAUUUUAUGGAGACGAUGCAGAAAGUGGGUCCACAGAUGGGCAUUCAGAUAGCACAGCCUUCUGUGGUUGAACUUCGUGAUGAUAGAACGGAAUCAUAUGUCCGUGCUCUUCGUGAGAGCAUAAGACCUAACGUACAGAUAGUUGUUGUUAUUUGUCCAACAGCAAGAGAUGAUCGGUACUCUGCAAUAAAAAGGAUAUGUUGCAGUGAAAUGCCUGUAGCUUCACAGGUAAUAAAUUCCAGAACAUUAUCAAAGAGAGAUAAGUUGAGGAAUAUAGUGCAGAAGAUAGCACUUCAAAUCAAUUGUAAAUUAGGCGGCACACUGUGGGCUGUCAAAGUGCCCUUGGAUAAUUUAAUGGUGAUAGGAAUUGAUUCCUACCAUGACACACUCAGGAAAGGAAGCAGUGUUGCUGCAUUUGUAUCAUCCUUGAACAAAUCUGUUACUAGAUGGUACAGCCAAGUUUGUAUUCAAGGUCCUGCCCAAGAAUGGGUAGAUAGUUUGCGAGCUUGCUUCAUAUCAUCUUUGAAGAAAUAUCAUGAGGUGAAUCACAGGUUUCCUGAUAGGAUAAUAAUCUAUCGGGAUGGCAUAGGUGAUGGGCAGUUAUCUGUCUGUCGAGAUUAUGAAGUGCCACAAUUCAUAAGUUGUUUUCCAAAUAUCAAUCCAUCUUACAGCCCAAAAUUGACGUUUGUUGUCUGUCAGAAGAGGAUAAAUACUCGAAUUUUUGCAAAGACAAAUGGUUCAUUGGACAAUCCAGUUCCUGGAACAGUGAUGGACAACACUAUCACUCGACGUGACUGGUCUGACUUCUUCCUAGUUUCUCAAAAUGUGAGACAGGGAACAGUUUCACCAACACAUUACGUUGUCAUCUAUGACACAAGCAGCAUGCAGGCUGACCACGUCCAGCGUAUGACCUACAAGAUGUGCCACCUAUAUUAUAACUGGCCUGGCACUGUACGAGUACCAGCCCCUUGUCAAUAUGCACACAAGCUUGCCCAUCUUGUAGGACAGAAUAUCAGAAAGGAGCCGUCUGACAAAUUGGCAGACAGGCUGUUCUUUCUGUAGAAUGUGGCAAUCUGUUCUGGAACCACUUUAAAGAAAGUGCUCUCAGGAAAAGCAAACAACACAGCACAGUGUGGUGUUACUAUUGUGAAUAAUGUGGAAGAAUUUUUUUCUGUGGAGAUAUUAUGAUCCAGUGAAAAACUGAAUAUGUUGUGUUUUAAUUUUAGAAAAUAGAUUUGUAGGGAAGUUAUAGUCAUACAGCUACUGUGUCCAUCAGAAAAUUGUGUAAUAUUGUGUAAAGACAUACUUUAUUCUAUCUGACCAUGUAUUUGAAAAUAUUAAUGCAUGAGAGUAUGGGCAAUUCCAUACUGGUAACGUUUAAGUUUUGCUGCUUUUGCAUUGAUCAGUAUUGCUGAUUUUCAGUAUAUUCUCAACAAAAUUGUUCUAGCUAUCCCACAACAUUACUCCAUUCUGGUUAAGCAGAAUGCUCUGCUCCCCAUACCCUUUUUUUUUAUUAUUUUAAUUUUAAUACCACUGUGAAUUGUGUUAAUUCAUUGUCAUAACACUUAUGUAACAAUUUGUAUAAAAAACAGCCUUGAUUUAAGGCUCUCUGUCAUUAUAUUAUAGAAUUGCUGCUGUAUGAUUGACGAAUCUGCAACAGCACUUGCAGAAAAUAAUGUGACAGAAAUAUCCAAUGUACGACUUACUGAGCAUGACUUGCAAGGUGCAGAUUGCUUAAACUGUGUUUUAGUUUUUGUACAGUUGGAACACUUGUUCUGGUUCUUUGCAGUAUUUGUAAAAACAAGGUCAUGUUUAAUAUUCCACUGUGUAAUUAUUACAUUUUUUUGCUUCAGUGAAGAUAACUUGUGUGACUCCAAGCUACAUAACUCAGUUGUUAAUUUGAAACUUGUCAUAUUGCUGUUCUGGGCAAGAAUAGAAAUUUGAAACUGUUGCAGUCAUGAUUUUAUGUGUUUUCAUUAUUUUAGCCCAUGUGCUUUAAAUAUUUAGGUUGUUGAAACUUUUAGUACAUAUUUAACAUAACUUGUACAGUUCUUUGCUAUUAUUUUAUCUGUAAUGGACAUUGAGAACGUCAUUAUUAUUUAUUGCUAACAGUGCUGAGUUAACACAAUUGUCAGCACCAUGAAAUAUAGUUCCUAUAGUAUUAUUUCAGUUAUUAAUGUAUCAUCUCCAUUUUCCUAGGAACAGUUCCUGGAACCCACCUCAAUUACAAUUUAUUGUACAUAAAGAAAAUUUAUAAAAAACUUAUUAAAUAUAUACCCAUUUAGUGGUGAAUGGAGAGACAUUCCAUUUCUUGCUUAAGAGUGCAAUUUUAUUUGACAGGGUAAUUUCCACUUAACAUCAUAAAUUUAGAAGUUAACAGUGAACUGUUGCGUUGUCCACAGAUCAUAACUUCCAUUCCAUUAUGGUAUGUGCGCAAAGAACUGUAAAUAUAAAUCGUAAUGACUGCUCAAGUUGUGUGCCUUUCAGAUAAUGGGAAUCUUAUUUUUAAACAAAGAAUAAUUUUGUCUUAAAAUCUUUAAACUACACUGAAAUACGGUCACUUUAUCAUAUUAAAAAUUACACCUAUUGUUGAUUGACAUAUUCUUUAUUGAUUGUCAAGCACAGAGAGCAGUUCACUUUGACCAAUUUACUAUCAGAUUUUUGAUCACUUGUCAUAAUCUGAUUGUACCAAAGUCAUAAUCCAAAAGCUCAGGACUUAACUGGGAAAUACUGUAUUACUACCCAAAUUCCAGAUUAGGCAUUCUUACCUCUUUUCAGCCCAUCACUACAGUCUUCCAGCUUGUUUUACUUUUCUUUUCUACUUAUGAGCUAACUUUUGUGAACAUUGAUGGUCUUUUCUCAAAGUAUAUUGAUGCAGUUGUUUCUUUCAAUUUCAUCACCAGCAAACUUUUCAGUUAUUGAACUGCUAAUUUCUGUUGGAUUCGUGUCUUGCAUGUCCCUAAAGCCCCAAAGAUUACCGUUUCAGCCACCUGGAUUUUACUUCAUCCUUAGUUUUUCGUAACCAACAUUCACUUUCUUGUUUACGUGUAUGACCAGCUUAUAAAUUUUCAGUUGCAUAUCUCUUCAUUAUAGUCAUUUCAUAGUUCUUCCAGUCCUGCAGUGUUCAAAAUUUAUCUAGUUUAUUUUUAUUAUUCUAUAUGUAUUUGCUAUAGCAUUACAUUCAAAUGUUUAAACUUCAUUACUUACUCUGAUAAUCUAAUCCACCCAUGUUUUAUUGUAAUACCUCUUCCAUAGAACUGAGUUUUGAGUAACACAAGAAUGCAGACAGUACACACAAUAACAAUGAUCCUGCAGGCAGUUCUAAAAACACAUUAUACUGUUUUAGAUUUGUGUUAUAAUCUUGCUUGGAUGACAUUUUUCUAAAAGGCAGUUUUCAGUUGUAUGACAGUCCAGUCUUGGAAAUGUGCUUAUUCACAAAUGGUUGUGCAUUUGUGCAAAUUUCAUAGAUUAAAUCUGGAUGCAUUUUAAACUACUUAAUAAUAACAGUUAACCAAACAAAUAAAAUUGCAUUCUGCAGUUAAUGGUAUGUACAGCCAUUAUGAUUACUGUGCAGAGUAGGAAUGCACAAACUGGAGUCUUCAGGGCAUUCUAAAAUGACCAGAUCACAGCCCAAAACAGUAAUCUGUAUUUCCCUUACAAAUGUGUACAAAUAAAAGCGUGUGCUAAUAAAAGUGAACCUUGUAAAUAAGUUACCAUGCAGUAAUGAGUUGUGUUAUUUUUCUGAUCUAAUGUACAUACAUUACACAAGAUCACUGUAAAUGAACAUGCUGUACAGUGGGCAUGAUUAUGUAUGUACUUUAUUCUUGUAUUAAUAUUCCAUAGUCCUUGGUAUGACAUAAGCUAUCUUUACUAGCGUUUUCAUUAUUGAACAUUGUACAUCAAGAUAUUUCUAUUCCUCAACACUGUGUCAUAUGCAGUCUGUAACAGUAGUUACCUCUCAUAACCUCAUCUGAAGAUCAGAUACCAAAGUUUUAAAAAUUGAAGUUUAUAUAAGAUGACUUCUGAUCUGGCAGUAGUAGUGUUGAGUUGCAGAUGUUCUACGCAUGGGUUUACAAGCACAAAGGGAAAGGAUGUUCCUUCCUGCCCUCCCCCCUGUGUGUGUGUGUGUGUGUGUGUGUGUGUGUGUGUGUGUGUGUGUGCGCGCGUGUGUGCGUGUUUGCAGUUGUUGUGAUUUGUCCACUAUGUGUGAUCCUGGUGCACUUUGAGAGAUGAGUUAUUUACAUUUCUUCAAAUUGUAAUGAAGAGUGAUGAUGAUCUAAACGGCUAGAUUAUUUUUUGUGUUUGAUUAAGGUUACAUAUUCAGGAGCAUCUAUCUAUUUGUAUUAAAUGUUUAAAAGAAGAAAAGUUAGGUUUCUUAUUAAUGAAUAGUGUGUUGUCUGACUAAGAGAAUAAAUGUUAAAAGCAUUUCUCAUUUAUUUUCAAAGACUUUCAGUAUUUGUAUGAGAAUAUUUUUAUAUUGCUAUUUGUUUUGUACAGGUUAAUAAAUUUUUGUACUUUUAUACAAAACAUUUGUUUUAAUUAACACUUUGAAGCGAAUGACACUUGGCCCUUAAAUUAGCUUGUUUAUUUAACUGUAUUAUGGUUUGCAGGAUUUUUUUUGUACACUCUCACUAACACCAUGAGUGUAAGUUUGUGUGUGUCAUGCAAGGAUGUAUGUCACAGAUUUUAAAUUUUCCAGGGUGUAAACAACUGAUAGCAAAAUUUGAAUUCAGAAAGUUAUUUAAAUGCUUACUUUGAAGUAUUAGAUAAAAGCUUUAGCUAAAUAUUGUAAGGGGGAGAGCAGGUCAAGUAGCUACUUUUCUACUGGUGCAUAUAAAAUUCUUAUUGUAACACAUUUCAAAAAAAUAAUUAGAAAAUAAUUCAGAAAUAAUUCUCGUAAUUAACGAGAUGAGUAGAUCAAUAUUCAUUGUUCAGAGGUUUACAGAAAUAGUAUGCAACAACUGUUUAUGCAAGUUAAUGCAUAACUAGAUGAGAAGGCGCUUCUCCUUACUGGGAUUUAUGGAGCAUAAACUGUGAAUGAAUACGAGAACUUAUCUAUUUUCUGAAGAAUAUAUUUUUUUCCAA